AUGUCCUCACAUGUCCAACCAAUUCUCGAAGGCUUUACGGCUCUCCGUGACAGUUCAAGCCGGCGAGCAGUGAUCAAUGGGAUUAUUAGCAACCUGAGUGAUUACGAGAUACGAGAUGUGAUACGCCGACUCGGAGGGAUCACAUUUCGAUGUGAUUUGCUCGAUAAACUGCCUGAGGAAAUCGUCGUCAUGAUAGCAGAGUACUUGGAACUAGCCGAUAUUGUUCUUCUUAGAAGAGUCUCCAAACGAUGGCAUGAAUUGCUCUCUUCAACCACCGUCGUCACAGCUGCAAUCAUAUCCCAUAUGGGGAAAAAUGCAAUGAAGCCCGGUUUGACCUCUGCUGAUCUCGAAGCGCUGAUCAGAAAGCGAAUUCGAGCAGAAAGGGGAAAGCCUGCUGUUGUAACUACAAUACCUAAUAACCUGUCUUUCAAUUUAGAGUACAGCAUGGACAGAGACGGCAUGAGCUGUUUCAAUGGAGUAUGCGCGUGGAUUGAAGAUUCCACCAAGCAGACUACUAUCUUCAUGUUGCAUCUACGGACUGGUCAAAAUAGGACCCUCACAACAGCGAAUCGGGAGAAAUUUACUCAUAUUCAGGUCUCGGACACCUUGAUCUCAGCCACUUCUAUUCGGGGGUAUUGCCAUGUCUGGAAUAUGCCCAAAGAACAGUACAAGUCCUUUCGCAUUCCUUCACUGCAAUUUGCGCAUUACAUAUCCAUCGGAUCCAAGGUAGUGCUGAGCUAUGAGGACUCAGUAGUUCACUUCUGCUUUGACUCUGGAGUCGCCCGUUCCGUCCGAAUUGGGCCGUUCAUUCUUUUGUUGUCAGUACAUGCAGAGGAAGAUGCAUUCACUGUAUUUUCCCUCCGCAGAAAAGAUCGCGACAACAUCGAACUCCCGAAAGAUGCCCAAUUGCGUUCGGAUGAGCAUCAUUUGAAGGCCCAGAAAUUCUCUGUCCUCGAGACUAAGUUUAUCCGCAGCUGGGUGCGAUAUCGAGAGCUUCCUUUUAGAGAUGGCUCAUUAUGGCAGAUUCGAGCCAAACCAGGAGAUUCACAAGCGUUGAAAACUAGGCCGCGUCCUGGUCAGAGCUCUGCCUUGCUGUCGAAUUCGUAUGGUAUGAACAGACGUUUGGAUUCGAUUUCUCUUUCACACAAGGCCGAUGAUCAGAUUACUGCGCAUUUCCAUCCUGUUGAGGUGGAUCACAUGGCUCAGCACGUCGAUCUAGACUACUCAGCCGGGGGUCCCGGGUUGAGUUAUUAUUUCGAGGACUACUACCCCUUAGGGGAAACAAGAUUGUGCAUUGGUCGUGAAAUCCCGGAGCUCACAGAUGUCAUCGACGUCAAGGGGUAUCGAUUCCAACACACACAAACAGUAGAUUUUCCGAAUAACUGGCCAGCCAUGUCAAUUGCAGGAGAUGGAGACUUUGUUUUAUUGCCCGAUGAUGACAAAAUCUGGAUAUGGUGCUUUGAUGAGACAUGGAUCCCCUUUGAUAUCUCAUAUGAGGUCGGGGUUGCCGCUUGA